AUGAAUAGGACACUAACAGAUCCUAUGGUCACUAGCUUCAGAGAAGAUGACCCACGUCCACCGGUCCCAGGGGAAGAGGGUGAGACGACAUGCCACCAUCCCAGCAAACUGGCCAUGAUGAGACCGAAGGAUCCUGUGAAAACCAUUAUGGCUGAUCCUCGCUGUUCAACAACCAGGAGGGAUGAGGAUGGACUUGGGGAACCGGAGGGCAGUGCAUCACCGGACUCCCCUCUUGCCCGGUGGACCAAAUCUUUGCACUUCCUUCUUGGGGACCAGGACGGUGCUCAACUUUUCCGGGCAUAUCUUGAACGUGAGAAAUGUGAGGACACUUUAGAUUUUUGGUUCGCCUGCAAUGGUUUCAGGCAAAUGGACCUCAAGGAUACCAAAACGCACAGAGUUGCCAAAGCCAUUUACAAGCGGUAUAUUGAGAACAACAGCGUUGUGGCCAAGCAGCUUAAACCUGCCACUAAGACCUUUAUUAGGGAUAAUAUUAAGCGUCAGCAGAUUGACUCCGCGAUGUUUGAUCAGGCUCAAUUGGAGAUCCAGACGGCUAUGGAGGAGAAUGCCUAUCAGAUGUUCCUGACCUCAGACAUAUACCUUGAGUACGUCAGGACCGGAUGCGAGAACCCAAGUCAUGUGAAUCCCAAUGGACUAGGAGGCCUAAAACUGGUGUGCGGAUACUUGCCGAUGCCGACUCUAAACGAAGAGGAAGAAUGGAGUUGUAAUGACUUUAAAGCCAAAGCUUUGGCCACUGUAGUGGGUCUGUCUGCCAAAGCGUUACGGUCACCACCUUCCCUUCUUGCAGCGGAAGCAUUAGAGAAAAGCUACAGGUCCUACAGACGCAAUGACCCUGGAAACCACUAUCGUGUUACGUCCGGUUAUAGUUUUGCCCCUGCCACCAGUGCCAAUGACAGUGAGGUCUCCAGUGAUGCCCUGACAGAUGACUCUAUGUCUAUGGCAGACAGUAGUGUAGAUGCCAUCCCUCCUUACAAGCUGGGAAGUAAAAAACAAAUACAGCGAGAGAUGCAGCGCAACAUGAGGAUGAACGGCCAAGUGUCUCUACCUCCGUUCCCUAGGACGCGGCGGCCACCUAAGGAGAUGACUCCCGUGGAGCCAGCAGCAUUUGCAGCACAGUUGAUAGCCAGACUGGAGCGUCUGAAGCGGGAACAGGAAACCAUGAGCUCCCUGGAGGAGAGACUUCAACAGAUUCAGGAGGAGGAGGAGCGGGAUGAAUCUGAGGUGUCUGGAAGCAGUGCAUCCCACUCUCUGCCUUUGCUCCCUCCUGGCUCUUACGAGGAGGACCCCCAGGCCAUCCUGGACGAGCACCUUUCCCGAGUCCUCAAGACUCCUGGCUGUCAGUCUCCAGGAAUGCUUCGGCAUUCCCCACGCUCCCGCUCUCCUGAACAGCGCCCACUCCCUCGGGGAGGUCCCAGCACCAGAUCGCAGUCUGGCUCUGUGAAUGGACACGUGCCAGCCAAGGCCUUCAUCUCCAGACAGUCAACCAAGCACAUCCAUCACCACUACAUCCAUCACCACGCUGGGCCCAAAAGCAAGGAGCAGAUCGAGGCGGAGGCGACCCAGCGGGUGCAGUGCCUGUGCCAUGGGUCUUCAGAUUGCUGUUCUGCCCCAUACAUUCGCAGUCGGAGUCUGGGCCGAGACCAGUGUGGCAAGCCUGCAGAAGUGGCCUUGGGGCAUUGCAGCUCUUUAUCCAAGCGUUUGUGUAAAUCUGGAGAGGAGGUGAACACGGAAGGGUUGGAGAACAGUCUCCUUCAGUUGCCAGCUGACAGUACAGACCGCUCUCAAAACGUUUGGCAGUGGAUCCUGGAGAGCGACCGACAGACCAAGCACAAGCCCCACAGCACUCAAAAUGUAAAGAAGUUGCACUGUUUGGAUUCCCCACGCACACACACCUGGGGAGGUGGUGGAAGCAGCGGGCAUCUCCGUGCCCAUCAGCCCGCACACCCCUUCGUUCAGGACCCUGCCAUGCCUCCUCUACCCCCUCCCAACACCCUCGCACAGCUGGAAGAGGCCCGUAGACGCCUGGAGGAAGUUUCCAAACCCUCUAAACAGAGGCAUUCAACAUCAAGCCUUCAGAGAGACAAGAGUCACCCAGUGCCUGUUCAAAAUGGCAGUUCAGUGCUUCAAACGGAUGAGCCGAAAGAUCCCAAGAAGAUGUCAGGUUGCCACAGUAGUUUGGGCUCAGAGACAGUGGUCACGUACUUCUUUUGCGGUGAGGAAAUCCCGUACCGCAGAAUGAUGAAAACACACAGCCUCACACUUGGACACUUCAAGGAACAACUACGGAAAAAAGGCAACUACAGGUACUACUUCAAGAAGGCCAGUGAUGAGUUUGAAUGCGGCGCUGUGUUUGAGGAGGUCUGGGACGACUGCACAGUUCUGCCCAUGUAUGAGGGCAAAAUCCUCGGCAAAGUGGAGAGAAUGGACUAGAUGAACACGACAGCCCACAUGUGGACUUACCCA